CGCCAUUUUGAACCCUGCAAUGGUUUAUGUUUGACCAACAGCUGUUUUGUAACGAAGGAGGCGGGUUCAACUUCCGGUCCUGGACCCAACACGCGCAGGACCGCACCGGCUUAAACCCGGUUUAUCCUCGGCGGUAUUUAGCCCGGUUCCGGUUCUGGUUCCGUGUUAAAAUGUCCCGGGUUCUGAUCGUCGGCGCGGGCCUGACAGGGAGCCUCUGCGCAUGUCUGCUGAGGAGAGAGUUUCAGAAUAAAGUGCAGAUCGUGGUGUGGGACAAAGCGCGAGGAUCAGGCGGCAGGAUGUCCACCAGUCGUCCUCCUGACGCUUCCUGUCACUCAGCUGAUCUGGGAGCUCAAUACAUCAGCGCCACGCCGGCGUACGCUCAGUCUCACCACAGUCUGUACUCGGAGCUGCUGUCUGCAGGCGUCCUGCAGCCUCUUGACGGUCUGGUUGAAGGUCUGCAGGAGAAAGACGGCAUGAAGAACUACAUGACGCCACUGGGCAUGGGCAGUGUGGUCAAACACUUCCUGUCUGAGUCAGGAGCCGAUCUGUUGUUUGAGCAUCAUGUGACCGGCCUGUACCGCCGCGGUGCAUCAUGGGAGGUUCAGAGGAAGCAGGGAAGCAGUGAGACAUUCGACGCCGUCGUCCUGACGAUGCCCGUCCCUCAGAUACUACAGCUGCAGGGAGACGUUGGAGACAUGCUGUCUGUCCAGCAGAGGCAGCAGUUAGACGGGGUCGUGUACUCGUCUCGUUUUGCUGUCGCUCUCUUCUUCCAUCCAGACGUCGUCUUCAGCUUCAGUUGGACGGCUCGAUACGUCUCCGACAACUUCUGCAUCCGAUACAUCGCAGCAGACGCCCGCAAACGCAACGCAGCGUCUCUCUGUCCAGACGCUCCCGGUCGCGGUCCGUCCCUCGUCGUCCACACCAGCGUCCCGUUCGGCCUGCAGCACCUGGAGCGGGAAAAGGACGACGUCCAGCCAAUCAUCUUACAGGAGCUGCAGAAGCUGCUGCCUGGUCUGCCUCAGCCAAUCAGCAUCAAGUGUCAGAAGUGGAGGUACUCGCAGGUGCUGACCUCUGUGCCUGACUGUCCGGGUCACAUGACCGUCCUCGACCGGCCGCUGCUCGUCUGCGGCGGCGACGCCUUCAGCCACUCCAACUUUGACGGCUGUGUGGAGUCUGCACUGAGCGUGCUCAACGUGCUGAAGGCCUCGCUGUGACGCCGCCGCAGGAAGUGAGGCGGUGCUGAUCUGUUAACGUGUCAGCUCGUUAACACGGGUCGUUAUGUCAGUAAUUAUCUUUCAGUGUCUCCACUGAUUAAAUGUUGCCUUCUUUUCUCUUUACAUUUAUAAAUGAAGAAAUUCCUCAGUGAAUGUAAACGUGUUUAUCAACUUUAUCAUUUCAUGUGAUUAAAAAGUCAAAUUAAA